AUUUAAACUUAACGAACUUAUCUGUACAGCAACAUUGUCAGAUACUAUCUUAAUGAGAUUCUAUGACAGCAAAAGAGAAAAGGGCGAUUGAUAAAAUUUGUGAGGUUACAGUGUGCGUCGGGGAGGUUCUUAUGUUCCAUGUAAAAUCCUUCUUCUAAACAUGUUUUUUAAAAGAUCUAAAGUGACCAGCGGAAUGCUGAGAGGAAUCAGUGGAGAUUUUGAUCUGGAAUCAAUCAUGAUUUUAAAUCUUGAUGGUUUGCAUAUCAAUGAAGUUGGCAGUCUUGAAGAAUGUACUGGCCUGGAACAUCUUAUUCUCUCCAACAAUGACUUAAGUAACCUCAUCCCCGUCUCCAGUUUAACAAACCUCAAUUCUUUGAAUUUAAGCAACAAUAAUAUCAGUUCCCUUGAAGGAUUACAGACUCUGGAAAAUUUAGAAACUUUAAACUUAUCAGGAAAUUUUAUUGAAAACACCAACAGCCUCUAUUGUUUGACUGGCUUACCAAAAUUAAAACAUCUACUUCUGCAAUGCUCGGCCCAGAAACGAGUUAAUCCAGUUUGCCAAGAAGAUCUUUACCAGGACAAAAUACUUAACAUGUUUCAAAAUUUAGAGUCGUUAGAUGGUAAUAUCCUUUAUGGUGCUUGCAAAGAACUUAAUCAACUUGUAGAUGAGUUGGAUUCCAUAGUCAUUGAUAAUCCUCCGGAACAGAUCAAGAAUUUGAAUAUAUCUGAGAUCAAGGAAAAUCUAAAAGAUUUUGAAGUCCAUCCCAGCAGUGUUGAUUUUGAAAAAGCUGAAACUGAAGAAGCUGAAAAUCAUUUAAAAGUUUUACUGGGAUCCUGCCAAGAUCUGAUUGAUGGAACAAAGCAAAACAUAAAACCUCUAUUUACCACAAUAAUUUAGACACAUUUUCAUAUUUUGAUUUGUCCUCUCUAAAUACCAAUGACACGCGUCUGCUGUGGAGGUGGAGGUGGAAAUGGUGAAAUCUAUGGAAGAAAAUCUAGAAAUUCCUGUGUGAUGAAGAACUGGGUGAAACUUGGGAGAAUUUGGACUCAAAAAUGUAGAAGGGCAGAAGUGGAAACAAUUUGGCAUUUCAUCCAAUCCUGAUUCAUUUCUGUCAAAUUGCUCUCUUCAGAUGCAUUCAUAAGAUUAAAUAUAUUAGAAUCCUUUCGUCAUUUUCUCAAUUUUGUUUUUAAUUUACUAAGAAAGUUUAGUCCUGAGUCAGAUUUCAUUUUGUACAGUUCUUUAAUCAGGCAUUCCAGUCAUGACUAUCCCAUGUUUUUACACCUACAAUUACAUUGUUUAAAGUGUUCAAUUGUAAGACUGUGGAGUGUCAUAUGAGGUAGAUUAGACUGCUAUUUCUAGCAGUGUGAACUGCCGCAAAGGUUUUUUGGGAAGUUUUAAAAUUAAUUUAGAAGUUGUUGGUGUUGAUAUAUUCUCAAUACUGUUGUGGGAUAAGAUCUCGAGAGUUGCCUCAUUGAAGCUGAUUUAGUUUUGUCUUUUGGAAAGGCAUAAACAUCACUCUUUCACAUUACUUCUUUUAAUGAUGCAAAACAGUACUCUUUCUUCAUGUUGAUAAUCUCCUCAACAAGACAUCAUAAACAUCACACAAUCUCCCAGACUUUUAAAAUCUUGACAUCAGAUGAAGAAAGAAAUGAACAGCAUAGAGGAAGAAGAGUUAUAAAGGAAGACCUCCUGACAUGCUUAAUCAACAGUGUGGUUUCAAUUCCAAGUUAAUAUCAAUCCACCUGAGAUUACUAAUACAAGAGAUCAUAUUUAAAAUUUGAAAAAAAAACCCAACAAACCUUUAUCAAAAUCUCAUUAGCGUGAUAACAAGAUCUCAGU